CGCUUUGGCUCUGAAGCACCGCGCGAACCGACCCGGUCGUCGUGCGCGAACGAUGACUUACUCACACAUACCUUUCGCGCACUGAUGCAAGCGCACUUUCCCUCAAUCACGAGCGAGCACCGGCCAACUGCUGUUCGGAUUGGGCGCACAAAACACAAGGCGGCACGAAGGCAAUCGUCGAGGUUCGUACCGACAAUGGCACUCGACUCGACGAUAGAUCCUAUCUCGUUCGCCCCCGAUGAAGCUUUGACGAAACUGUCCAACUUAAUGACCCAAGGAGUGAAAUACCCGCAACUGAGAGCGGUGGUCGUGAGCUGGCUCGCCGAGGUGCGCGAACCAUCGACUCUCGUUGCGGCGUGCAUCGACGUCAUCUUCACCACCCUGCGCGAUCAGUACGAGAUCGGACGCGAAGAAGACGAUGAUGGCGAGUUACUGAUUUGCAUGUACUUGUUGUUGGAGUGCCUCGGUAGAACUCCCGGAACGCGGGAAGGGCGAGAACGGAGACGCUUUACCAGCACCGUCACGAGAGGCGUAGUUUUGUGUGAUCGAAGUCGCGCACACGUAGGUAAAUUGGUACAUUCAGCGAUGACCACGACAAAUGAUGUCAUACCAAGCCGUGCGAUCGUUCGCUUGAUCGAAACAUUUGGGCUUGAGUUUGAGGAUUUGAACUUUACGAGCUGCGCAGCUGCUGCCGAAGGCGUCUCAGGCUUCGUUCGACAGCUUUUAGAAGACGGCAAACAGAGCUCGGCCAUGGCGCUCAUUUUUCACUUCAACCUGGAAGAGUUCGCAACAAAUGAAACACUGCAAGGUUUGGCGCAGUGUAAUGAAUUUUCACUCGCUCUUGAGUUUGUUCAACUCGAACCAACUCUGGCCAAAAAUUGGAUUGAGUUUUGCGUGCACCAGGGCGUCCACGAGCACCAUCACGCUGCUUUGCGACAAGCACACAAAGUUGUCACGAUAUUUGAGAUGGAAGCCGAGUUUCCGGACGUGCGCACGCAGUAUUACAAGUCGACUAUUGCGAGAAUGAUUGCGAAAGGACAAUUUGAAGUCGCGCUCAAGCGCGCAGGCGCCGAAAUCAAUCUUCAAGAGUUUGUUGUCGAAUCUCUUGCAGCGAUCGAACAAUUCGAAUACGCUUUGGAGUUCGCAAAUAGGUGUGGACUAGAGUUUGACUGUGAUCCAGUGGAGCUGGAGAAGUUAGUCGCACGCAGGAGAGCAACGUUUUUCCAGCUUCCAGAGCAUCUCUCUCUCGACGCGAACGUCGUCUUUGUUGACGAUGCAAAGAGCUUGCAUUACAUCUCAGAACGGUACCUCGCAAAUAAAAAAGACAUUGGAAUAGAUACUGAAUGGGGUGCUGCGGUGGGUGAAGACGCGGACAAGGAAGACACGAGUCAGGUAGCUACUCUACAACUUGCGUCAGAAGACGGCGUAGCAAUUUUAGACUUGCCAGUUCUAGUUCAGAGCUGUCCCGAGGCGUUAGAGGCAACGAUCGGGCGAAUGUUUCAGGACGAUAAGGUGUUAAAAUUAGGGUUCGCAGUUCAAGAAGACUUGCGACGCUUGGCAAAAUGUCACCCUGCGUCUUUCGGCAACGUACGCAAUGUGGCCGACUUGCAAUCGUUGUGGAAAUUAGCUGUGUCAAAGGCGCGAAUGACGAAAGAGACUCGUGAUUUUCCAUGGGCAACCGACGAAGAACUGUCACGAUAUCAACCCGUUGGCUUAUCGACUAUGGUCGCUGCCGUACUCGGGAAACCGUUGGACAAGACGAUGCGGAUGUCUGAUUGGUCGAAACGUCCGCUGACCGCACAACAGCGAGUGUAUGCGGCACUCGACGCGUGGACUCUGGUCGAAUCGCAUCGUUCGCUCCUCGCAUCUCACGCCGAUCGAUACAUCGCACUAGUCGAUCAAGUGAACAAAUCAUAUGAGUUCAAAUAGCGCAUAAUCCCAUGGUUGUUGUAUCAA